AUGGAAUUUGGGUUUAAAAAGAAAGUUGUUAGUCAAGUUGCGAAACCAGCGUUAAAAACUUUCAGGGUUGAAGAAGAUGCAGAUGAAGAGCCAGUUAUAAGAAAACAAGUAAAAACAAAUGAAAAACUUAUGAUAAACGUAAAUAUAAAAGAACUAAAGUUUUGCAAACAUUGCAAAACUGGAUUUUCAAGCAAUGAACACUUACUCUCACUUUAUUUAAAACUAAGCUUAGAACAUAUUAAUAAAUCAAAUAUCUGAUGUAUUUAUUUUUUUAAUUUUUUUGACUUAAAAUCAAUAAAAUUAUUUCAAAGGCAAAAAAAGAUUCGUUUUUAAAUAGGAGAAUUAGCAAGGCAUAAUCAGGAAUUUCAUUAA